UCUUCAAAAGUUUUCUCUUCCUCAUUAAUCAAGCAUUAGCAAUCUUCAGAAAGUUCAUUUCUGAAAAAUUCUCAACAAAGCACUACUAAAUUUCACCUUGCAAUCGAACGUAAUUUCUCAUCUCCGAAAAUAACCACAAUAUGAUCAGCAGUAAGAAGCUCAUUAGAAUGGCGAGAAAAUGGCAAAAACUAGCAGCUGCAAGCAGAAGAAGAAUUUCCUGGUCAAGACCUGUGGCUGAAAAGGGUCACUUUGUUGUUUAUACAAGUGACAAAAGACGGUUUAUGAUUCCUUUGGUAUACCUCAAGGGUGAGAUUUUUACAGAGCUCUUUAGAUUGGCAGAGGAAGAAUUUGUAAUAGCAACUUCAGGACCAAUUAUGCUUCCUUGUGAUUCAAGUUUCAUGGAGUACACCAUCUCCAUGAUCCAAAGACACGUUGCAGAGGACUUGGAGAAGGCACUAAUCAUGUCGUUAGCUACCUGCAGAGACUCAGUAUUGUCAAAUGAGUUUCAAGAACAAACAAAUCAGCAAUUGUUGAUAUGUAGUUUUUAGAAACAUUAGCUUUUUUGUAGAUGUAUAUUAACACAAAGUUUCCGACAGAAAGUCGAUGAAAGCUCGCGCAGAAGUUCAGAAUAAAUCCUCAAUUCAGAAAUACACGGCUUUUUUAUUUCAUUAUUCAUUAUUUAUUAAAAAUUAUAUAAACUAUACUAAAUAGCGUAUUUUAUAUAGCAUCUCAUCGAUGAACAGCAAAAAAAAACUGAUCAGACUGUAAUAUUAGUGUUGAAGAUAUUAGUACUUCAUAAUUUUAGUCCACCUCACGAGGAAUUUAACAAUUCCUCAUUCAUGUAUUUAUAGGAGGAUAUUUCUGUUUUUCUUUUUUUUAAUUUUUCAGUCCUAUUUUUUCUUUUCCUCUCUUCUUGGCUUUCGCUCUCCUUCCUCCCUUUUCUUUCUGUAUUGUUUUGUCUGCCAUGAGAGAAGGGAUCACCUUCCCAAAGCUAUUUUAAUGGAUUACUCCAUUCACAUGAAUUAUGUUUUGUGAUUAACUUUGUAUGCACCGGAAAUCUUCCUCCAAAUUCUGUCAUGGUAUCAGAUUGCUCCGGAACUCGAUCCUCAAAUCUUCAAGAAACAUCAAAUCCUCAUCUCUUUCUCCUGAUUUCGCACUUUAGGGCAACACAGAAACCAUCAACAAUUCCUUUCUUUUCUAUGCUUUCCGCUCAGGUAUUUGAUUUAAUUGAUUACAUUU